AGUGUAGAUGCUGUUAACAGUGUUUCCCAUAUGAUGAUAACCAGGCGAUGACGGUUGGCAGUCACGUGGCGGAGAUAGUGAGACAGGGGAUUUGGGCAUCGCUGACGGGUGGAUGGUACUAUGAACCAGGCUAUACGCUCUUCUGCAAUGCUGUUCAUUUGUAUUUGUGGCUCAUACUGUUCCUUAUCCCUCUCUUACUUGGAAUAAUCUUCGACACUGUAACGUCUGUUUACGUUACAGUGGCGUAUGUGACCUUCAUCAUUCUUCUCUUUGUGAUACUUAAAUUUACGGUUUCAUAUUUGCACAACUUGUUUGACACUGUUGAUCCAACUCCUUAUCCACCCGUCCGUUCACUGAAGGUUGAAGGUUUUUUAUGUGAGACAGCGCAACAUUCGAAUGAAAAGCUUAGAGAUGAGGAAAUUGAAAUGGUAGAUUUGCGGAAAAAAGAUGGUGAUGAAGUUGAGGAUACAAGUUAUAAUCUAUCUCAAGGCUCGUUAGGACGUCGACGGUGUGUGCGAAUUGGCGACAAUUCUGUUUUAUCUGUAGAUGCGGAAAUGCGAAUACGCAAGGAAGACGGUGAAGAAUGGGAUGAAGAUCGAAGUAGUGGUCGACAAUCCGGACAGGAAUUGAUUGCACCGGCAAUAGCAACACUUCUUCCUGUAGAUAGCCUUGAGUUAUUGCCGACUGGAAUAAGGCAUCAUUCAGAUGACAAUGACACAAUUCAGUGUACUGGAAUCGAUCGGAAAUUUUCUGAACCGUGUUUGAAAGAGGCGCACAGAUGCAAUCAAACACGACGUCGACGUUUAAGUGAUACUGGUCCCUGUGUACGUCGUGCGAAAUCAGCUUUCGAAACUUCAAAUAAAGAAAGUGCUACUGGAUCGAUGUUAAGUGAACGAACGUUAGAAGAAUGCAAGCGGGCAACUCGUAAAUCUUAUCCGACAAAAAUGAGCAGCACAGCAGCUUUCCUAUCAACUACGCUAACAAAACUCACCUGUCCAUCUCAUUCAGGUGGAAUCAAUUUUGAUAGUAGGUUAAAGACCGGUUCGAGUGACCUAUGUUAUCCAAAUAGAAAGAAUCCUGCUAUGUUUGAUGAAGGUGACGAACAGCGAGUUCCCGAAAGGAUUGUGUUAGACACACCUUCUACUAGCAGAGAAACUGGGAAGAAAACUUUUGUUAUGGAGACUGUCGUGCAUCUAGAGCCAAACUCUAAACCGAAAACAAAUGUUGUAUCUUCGGGUGAAGGCUGGAGACCUAUUUUUGUUUCUCUCGGUGACUUCGAAAGACCGUCAACAAGUACAUUGCAACGAACAUCAGAGCGCGUCAGUGGAGGGAACAACUCCAGAGGAAUGGAUUUGAAAAGUGAAAUCACGAAGUUUUUGGAAGAGCUGAUUGAUAAACAUCCGGAAACGUUGGAUGCUAUUGAAAAUGUAAGAAUGAAUAGGUUAGGACGAGGUCUGGGUUCUGCAAACUCUUGUCUUUGCUCAUAUCCGCCAACUAUGGCACAGUCGAGGAUGACUGAGAGGAGCUCUGCAACAGUAGCGGCACUUUCGAAUUUGGCCAUGAAAGAUGGCACCCAUAUAGCUUUAGAUCACGAGGAUACUUCCCAAGGAGCCGUUCAUUCAUUCCAGGAUGAAGAUGGGAAUUGGUGGACAUAUGUUUUCGAUGAACAUGGUGUUGGAACUGCUCAUGCGUUGGGAAGUAGUCGUGCUUUACUGGAAAUGAUUCAGAGCAGCAGCACUGCAGCUAAUGUAAAACUAGCUGCCUUACCAGAAAGUGAUACUGAUUCAACGGGAGAUUCUGACAUCGGUCCCGUCGUAACGACAAAUUUAAAUGAAGGUUCACGCAUGCGUCUUUUGGAAGGUACAUCCGUAUCUGCUGCCGAUCGUAGGGCGUUGUCGUCUUCAUCAACGGAAAGUAGCACAUACAUUGCAGAUACUCCUAGUGCUAUUUACCAUGCUUCAAGCUCUGCACUGAUGUCGAGACAUCCAAAUCGUGAUAGGCAAAUAGUAUCAUUUUCCAUGAUGGCUGCUCGUAUCAGAAAUGCCACUAGACGACGAUCUCAUGGGAACUUUAUUCGUGGGAAUAAUUUUCUUGAAGAACAGGCCGCAGAAAGAAUGCCACAAGUAACUCAUCUUAUACCAACAAUUGAGCACCAAAGAGUAUUGGAUGGUGCUAGUCGUACAUCUUUACGUACUGGCUCACCGCGGACUCUUCGUCGCAUGCCGUUUUUUUCCGAUAUAUCUGGAAUUAAUACGUCGGAUUCAGGCCAAAUUGGUACUAGGAAAAAGAGUCAUUAUUAUCGAAUUAAACUAUUUCCUUCUCUUACUGCUGGGAAAGGAAUAAAAUUGGAGAUGGAUCGACUUUCAGUAGCAGCUUUAUUUGAUCGUAACAGUACAUUGUUCUCAACUCUAUUUGACAUAUGUCUCGCAUCGGUGGUUGCAUUACUAACGGCAGUCGUCCUCUCGCGUUCUAUCUAUUACGAUUUGUCUCUCGUUCUUUUCGCUUUCGUUGUUGCCGGAACUCAUUUUUCUUUACUAAAAAGUGUGCAACCAGAUGCGGCAUCACCAAUACAUGGUUUUAAUUGGCUUGUGACAUAUUCAAGACCAAUUUACUUUUCGGUUAUGGCCGUAGCACUUCUUUUGAUAAAUGGUGAUUGGUGGGAUUAUCAUGAUGCAGUCCAUUCACUAAAAUGGAAAUGGAAUUUUUAUCGUUUACAGAAUAUUUCAUUAACAUCCUUUCUUUUGGCUGGUCGUAAUUUAUUGUCAAUUUUAUUAAUUCUACUACCUAUUGCUUUCACUUUUGGUUUAUUGCCACAGGUAAAUACAUUAGCACUGCAUUUGUUGGAGCAAGUGGAAAUGAAUGUUUUUGGUGGCACCGCAAGUUUUUCCUUAUUGUCCGGAUUUAUUCAAAUUAGCAAAAGUUUGAUGGCUUUCGGCUUCCUCUGCUUCAUCUCGAGAACUGCAAAACGUGCAGACCCUGACGGAACACAGAAUGCCUUUUUUUCAGCAUUUACUGCAGCAGCUGUUGCCGUUUCUUACCUCCUUUCAAGAAGUACAAGCAAUCCUGGUCUUAUGGCACUAAGUUUUCGAUACAUGAUUUCGUUGUGGAAAUGUGUUCAAUUAAAUACGCAGGAAACAGAAAGUGAAAUGAAAGACGGUGAAGUGACUCCGUGUUUGAAGGAUCCGCUACCGGAUGAACUGCGAGCUGUAAUCAUAAAUCGAAUCAAAAGCGACGUUGCUAUUUCACUUGUGGUUUUACUGUUGUUUUUUGCGCUUCACUGCACUUCGGUUUUCACUGUUGCUCAACCGUCUUUGCAGACGGUAACGUGUAUUAUGUGUAUAAUUUUCGGAUUCAUCAAUCAUUACUUAUAUAUGGAAUUACGAAAGAACACACCGUGGCGUAUCUUCGCACGACCGAUUUUGCGUGCUCAUGAAUAUGCCCAGUUUGAAUCGUCGCUUGCCGCAAAGUUGAUGUGUUUUGAAAUCAUUCACUUUUAUAUGCUUGCCAUUGAAAGGAAUGUGUUGUAUCCGUUAUUGGUAAUAAGCACAAUAACGAGUAACAAGUGGACAUUGCAUCCCUACUUCAUUGCUCUUUUCGCUCUGCGCAUUCUUCGUUCGGCUUUCUCACAGCCUCAACUCAUGUUUUUACCGUUAGCAUUCUCUUUCCUUUUGACAAAAGCAGAUCUUGCCAAGUAUUCCAAUAUCGACCAUUACUUCCCGUUACUUUUUUAUUUGGCCACACUUAUUUGGCCAAAACUUUUGGAGUUUUCGCUGAAGAUUAAUUUUAUUCUUGCGUAUGUAGCACCUUGGCAAAUCAGCUGGGGUUCUGCAUUUCAUGCUUUCGCACAACCAUUUAGUGUGCCACACACAGCUUUAUCGUGUAUUCAAACAAUGCUUUCUUCCAUCAUAUCUGCUCCACUCAAUCCUUUCUUAGGUUCAUCAUUUUUCUUGACGUCCUACGUGCGACCGGUGAAAUUUUGGGAAAAGGAUUACAAUACUCGUCGCGUAGAUCAUUCUAAUACACGCCUAAUUUCACAAAUUGAUCGCGGACCAAUGAUAGACGAUAGUAAUUUGAAUGCUGUUUUUUAUGAACACUUGACAAGAUCACUGCAGUCAUCACUGGCGGGCGAUAUCCUUUUGGGACGUUGGUCUACAGCUGUACAACCUGGAGACUGCUUCAUUUUAGCUAGCUAUUAUUUGAAUUGCUUAGUACACAUUAUUGAGGUCGGCAAUGGUUUUGUGACCUUUCAAUUACGGGGUCUUGAAUUCAGAGGAACAUACUGUCAUCAACGUGAGGUAGAAGCAAUAAGUGAGGAUGUUGGGGAGGGUAUGGGCUGCUGCUGUUGUUCUUUGGGUUCACUUCCCGGUAUGUUAUCGUUGAAUACAGCUUGGGUUCUGCGAUGGCUUGCAUGGGAAGUUGUUACAGCGAAAUAUAUUGUUGAUGGUUACUCAAUUACUGACAAUUCUGCUGUAAAUUUGCUCCAAGUGCACGAAUUGCGUCGAUUAUUAGUUACAUUGUAUGUAAAGAGCAUCAUAUUUUAUGCCUUUAAUUCACCAAAAUUUGCCCAAUGGAUUCGAUUAUCCAAUAUACUCACUGCUCUACGGCCAAUUGAAACAAACAAUCGAUAUGUUGACUUGGACCCAAUGUUUAGCGCUGCGAAUGACGAAGAUUUCGAUAUCAACCUUAUGGGUAUUUCCCGACACUGUUUCACGGAACUGUAUGAAAAUUGGAUACUCUACUGCGUAGAGCAGCAUGCACAGCACAAUGCGGAUUUGGACACUGAAAAAACUAACAUCAAUAGAAUUAUUGCAUUCUGUUUUGCACUUUCGGUUGUUGGACGAAGAGCACUUGCUGCUGCAGCGCAUAAUCGCCAUGCAAAUGCUGCCGAAUCAUUCCUUUAUGGUUUACAUGCUUUGUUUAAAGGCGAUUUUAGGAUAACAUGUCAGCGCGACGAGUGGGUGUUUGCCGACAUGGAUUUAUUACGAUGUGUGGUAGCGCCAGCGGUACGAAUGGCUCUGAAACUGCAUCAGGAUCAUUUUACUGCUGGGGAUGAUUUCGAUGAUGCUGCACUGCUCUACGAACGCAUCACACAUCAUUUGACAAGAUUAUUUAUUUCACAUGAACAUGAUCCUGCUUGGAGAAGAGCUAUUAUAGCAAAUACUCCGACUCUGCUAGCUCUGCGACACAUUUAUGACGAUGGUCAAGAUGACUACAAAAUCAUCAUGCUGAACAAAAUGCACCUCAACAUGAGAGUAAUAAAACUGAAUCGCGAAUGUGUCCGCGCGUUUUGGGCUGGACAACAGCAAGAGUUGAUUUUUUUGCGAAAUCGAAAUCCAGAGAGAGGGUCGAUCCAAAAUGCUCGUCAAGUUUUGAGAAAUAUGAUCAACAGCAGCGCGGAUCAGCCAAUCGGGUAUCCAAUCUAUGUAUCUCCUCUCACCACUUCUUUUGUUGAUUCACAUCCCCAGUUACACUCACUGAGUAUCCCACCAAUGGCAUUUGAACUUAUAUCUCGAUCUUUUCACUUUUUAUGGGCUUCACUGAGCACAAAUUUUGGUACCAGUCGAAGCAGCAAUAUACCAACACAGCUUAUGACGACGACAGCUACGACAGAAGUCGCAACACGUACUAAUCCAAGUAACGAAGGCCAAAUUAGCAUGGAACAUCAAAGUGGGAUACCAGUCUUUGCUGCUACAUCUAUCACACCUGUCCAAAAUAACAGACGACGGUUUGCAGCUGCACCCUUGAUCACUAUGUUCAGACAGGAAAAUUCCAUUGUUUCGAUCACUGGCAAUGGUGUUACGAAAGUGAUGCUGUGGAAAGAUGCUCUAAAAUUCCUCGAAGCUAAUGAUGCUACACAUCGAGGUGGAUCACUGCUAAAUUCUACGCGAAAUGAACAAACUGAGUCUUUACAUGCUUAGAUGAACCUUUAAAACCGACCAAUGCACUGAUUACUUGGCCGCAUAUUCACUGGCAAACGGCCGGUGGCCGUAGUUCAUGGGAUUGGAUGUCGUUGAAGGGGCACCGAGGUAAAGUUGUACAUAAGUGGGUACCAUUUCAUCCGCCGCGUGAACGGCAAUCACAUGCAGGAACGAUCUAUUUGUUAUGUGUAAAAGAAAUGGGUGAUUGCUAUGUCCCUGUUGGUGAGGACGGAAUCGAAUUCAUCACAAAAGAAGAAUACGAAAAUGAUAUGAGAGUUGAAGUGGCUGUCAAAAUGGAACUUUUGAAGGCUUGAUAUUUGCUUCAGAUUUAAUCUGUUCCUCUGAACCACGCAUGUAUGUACUCAUUAAUUGCCAUUGCAACCGGGAUACGAUUCUCUGCUAUCGUGGCUGAAGCGCUCAAUAAAUUCGAUGCUGACAUCGCGAAAGGUGUUUCAGUAGACAAAGAAUGUUCCGAAGAUAAGGCUGAUUCGGUUCGAGAAAACGUCUGUUCACUUCCCAUCGAUUCCUUUAAAUGUCGAAAAAUUAAAAGCAACAAUUAGAGCCAGAUAACUAUAUAAAUAAUCACGAUGUGGAUUAGCGUUCAAUAAAUAGGCUUAUGAUUUCAAGUAAAGCC